AUGAUGGUACCAAAGCUUGAAGAUGAACUAGAAAACCUGAGACCAGUGGUAAUAGUUGAAGAUUCGAAUUCAGCCAAGAAGCCAAAUUUGAAAGGAGAUUGGUUGAAUUUUUUCCUAUUGUUAUUGCUGUAUACGAUGCAAGGCAUACCGUUUGGUUUGGCAUUGGUAAUGCCAAUAAUUUUGCAGAGCAAGAAAAAUGUAUCUUACAAAGAUCAGGCUAUAUUCAGUUUAGUUUCAUGGCCGGAAAGCUUAAAACUGAUAUGGGCUCCUUUGGUAGACGCGCUGUACGUACACAAGAUGGGAAGACGAAAAUCUUGGCUCAUACCGGUUCAAUAUUUAAUGGGAGCAUGUUUCAUUUAUAUGGCCAGCAAUAUUGAUGAAUGGUUGCCAGAAACGCGAAAGCCAGACAUACUGAAAUUGGUAUAUGUAUUUUUCUUCAUGGGAAUAUUGGUUGCCACGUUAGACAUAGUUGUCGAUGGUUGGUCAUUGACAAUGCUGAAGAGGAAUAACGUGGGCUAUGCAUCUACUUGCAAUUCAACCGGUAUGGUGAUGGGCAUAAUGUUAAGUUAUAUAUUUUCCGUCUUGUUGACGUCAGAAGACUUUAGCAACAAGCACUUACGGAUUAGGCCAGAUGUGGGAGGGGUGUUCACUAUGAAGAGUUUAUUAUAUGCUUGGGGUGUUCUUUUUAUAUUAAUAACUACAUUGAUUGCAGUUUUAAAAAAAGAAAAAGAUAACAGAUUAGAGGAUGACCACGUAAAGCUCAACAUUGUUCAAAACUAUUCACUAAUAUGGGACAUUUUAAAACUACCCGGUAUUAAAUUGUUGGCAUUAACAUUGCUGACAGCUAAGAUUGGAUUUGCUGCAACUGACAGUCUUGCGAUUUUAAAACUUAUUGACGCGGGAGUACCAAAAGACAACAUUAUGUUUAUACAUACACCGCUGUUUGUUGUAAAAAUGUUUUUGCCAUUAGUUGUAGCGAAAUACACUUCUGGUCCGAAACCGAUGAACGUAUACCUAACAGCAACACCCUUCAGAUUAUUUUUGAAUAUUUCAUUUGGAGUGCUUAUUUAUUAUACACCGACAUUGAUAACAACGAACGGGUUUGUUAAUAUUUCAAUGUAUUACUAUGCAUUUUUAAUAUUUAUAUUAUCAAUACACGAUAUUCUAGAUAACAUUAUGAGAGUAGCUUUAUUAUCUUUUUUCUCUCGAAUAAGUGAUUCACGUUUUGGUGGUACUUACAUGUCAUUCUUGGGUACACUUUUAACUUUGGGAGGAGCAUGGUCGUCUUCGGUCGCCAUUGGAAUGGUAGAUUUCUUAACGUUUAAACGAUGUUCUUUAGAUCACCAGAAUAGUUGCUCUACAGAAAAUCUAAAAAACAUGUGUAAAACAAUUGGAGGUGAUUGUGUUGUUAUAGUGAACGGGUAUUACGUAGAAACGGCUGUGUGUACCAUAAUCGGAAUCAUUUGGUUUUGUAUUUUCAGAAAGAUCCUUAAAAAUUUUCAAACUAAGGGCCGUUCUUAUUGGUUGGUCGAUAUAAAGAGACCAAGAAAAUGAAAUAAAUGUAUAUUGCUAAAUGCCCAUUUAGCCAUAGUGAUGAACAUUUCUAAUUUUUAAAUAUCUAUUGUAAUUUAUUUAUUAUUUUAGUAUUAUUUAUUUACGGGUUUCUAUUGAGACUGAUAUUUUCUUAUAAUGAUGAUUAAUAUUUAAUGUUAUCACUUAUAAUAUAAUGUUAAGUUGUAAUAAAGUCGCAGCAUACCGGUUCGAUAUAAUCCAUCCAUGACGAAAUCAAGAAAUAUCAGUCGCCUCGAAUGCCUGAAGACGUAUACAACAUAGUUUAAGUCUCUAAAAAAUAAAUAUUGACUACCUCAUCGGAAAUAUGAUCAUCAUUAUAAUAUGACAUGAUACUUAUAUGAUUUAACUACAAUUUAUUUUAUUUAUUCAAAUAGUUUCAUAUUGACAUAGUGAAAUGUUUGUUAUGAAAGAAACUAUAAAUAUGUUUUAUUUGAUGGCUAAAUACAUGUAUCGGUACAAUGAACCACAACUUA